AUGGAGAUAAACGUGGCGAAAAAGCGGGGGAAACGUGGCGAGGGGUGGGAAAUCAUUUCGAGGGGUUCACGCCCUGGACAAGUCGGACUUGAUGAUAUUCACGACAGUAUGGAGAUAGAGAAAGUCGGACUUGAUGAUAUUCGGGGAAACGUGGGGGUUCACGCCCUGGAGGGGUUCACGCCCUGGACAAGUUUGAUAUUCACGACAGCAUCGGACUUGAUGAUAUUCACGACAGCAUGGAGA